GUAGUUCGAAAAAAAAAAAAAAUUGUGGAAGUGCACUGUGUGUGGUUAUUUUAAGGCCAAGAAGUUAUUGUAAUUCUUUUGUAAAUCACUAGACUCCUGAAAGUUGUUCGACACUUUUUGCCCCUCUCCAUGCCUAGACCAGGCCUCAUCUUUGUCGCUCUUCUUCUUCUCUCCUUAAUUCAUGAGACUUGCAGUGCCAAAGAUAAACGUCACUGUCCACCUUCUUCUUGUGGAAAUAAUUUGAAUAUUAGCUACCCUUUCAGAUUAAACACAGAUCCAACUUCCUGUGGAGAGAUUGCAGAUCCAUCAUAUUCUCUAUCCUGUGAGAAAAACCUUACAGUAUUCCCUUCUAAAUCAGGAAAAUUCUACGUGAAAGCAAUCAAUUAUGACAAUCAAACAAUUCGAGUAGCUGGUGCUGGUGUUGAGGAAGGGAGCUGCUCCAUACCUCAAUAUUCCUGGGACGACUCUAGCUUCUCAACGCUUUUCCAGGAUUAUAGUUAUAAUUAUUUUAAGUAUUAUAAUAAUUAUUUUUAUUAUUUGGAGAGCAUCCUUUUCAUAAGUUGUGAAAAUCUUGUAAAUGCCUCGCGUUACGUGGAAGCUCCUGCCUGCAUUAACGGCAGCUCUUUCUUCACACCUUAUGGGCUUGAAUAUGAAGGCAAAAUGUAUUAUUAUGUGAAAAUUGGAACACCAACUCCACAUGAGUUAAAACCUUCAUGCCGUAUUGAGCUAAUGGCACUUAUACCAUUAAGACUGGUGAAGAAUUACGAGGACUUCUCCUACCUGGACAUCCACCGUUUGUUAACAUAUGGAAUUGAGUUGCCGUGGAGGGGCGCUCCGUGUGGAAAGAGUGGUUUUUCCUACAUUAAUAAGGAAAACCAGUGCGUUUUUAAACAUGGUGCUGGAAAUCUGGACAACCAAGUUUACAAAGUUUUUGGCACAGCUGUAUCUCUGCUCACUUAUUAUUUACCUGCUAUUGUUGAAUUUCGUACAGAUAUUGUUUGGUCAUGGAUCUUAUGGCAUGGACUAAAAGCUAUUCUUGGAAUUCCAAGUUUCAUCAUAUUUUUGGUCUUCAAAUGGAGGAGAAGGCAUUUAUCUAUGUAUAAUUCUAUUGAAGAAUUCUUGCAAAACAACAAUAACCUCAUGCCUGUAAGGUACUCUUACUCAAAAAUCAAGAAAAUGACCAAUGGUUUUAAAGAGAAAUUGGGUGAAGGAGGUUUUGGUCAAGUUUACAAAGCAAAGCUUCGGAGUGGUCGCCUUGCAGCAAUAAAGAUAUUGGGCAAAUCAAAAGCUACAGGGCAAGAUUUUAUCAAUGAAGUAGCCACCAUUGGAAGAAUUCACCAUGUCAAUGUGGUACAAAUGAUUGGCUUUUGUGCUGAAGGAUCAAAACGUGCCCUUGUCUAUGACUUCAUGCCAAAUGGAUCUCUUGAUAAACAUAUUUUCUCAAGAGAAGGCAAUACUGCAACUUUGGGUUGGGAAAAUCUAUACAAGAUUUCUCUAGGAGUGGCUUGUGGGAUAGAGUAUUUACACCGAGGUUGUGAUAUGCAGAUCUUGCAUUUUGAUAUCAAGCCUCACAACAUUCUUUUAGAUGAGAACUUCACUCCAAAAAUCUCUGACUUUGGUCUUGCUAAGUUAUACCCAAUCAAAGGUAAUACUGUGUCCUUGACUGCAGCAAGAGGAACUCUAGGAUAUAUGGCACCUGAGUUGUUUUACAAGAACUUAGGUAGUGUCUCUUACAAAGCUGAUGUCUACAGUUAUGGGAUGUUAUUGAUGGAAAUGGCAAGCAAAAGAAAGAAUGUGAACCCAUUUGCAGAGCAUUCAAGUCAGAUCCACUUUCCUUCAUGGGCAUCAGAACAACUAAACAACGGAAUGGAGCUAGAAAUAAGAGAAGCCACUGAAGAUCAAAAAAGAAUUGCAAAGAAAAUGAUCAUUGUAGCUUUGUGGUGUGUACAGAUGAAGCCAAUUGAUCGCCCUUCAAUGAACAAAGUCAUAGAGAUGCUUGAAGCAGAAGUUGAGAGCUUACAAAUGCCUCCCACCCCUUUCCAGCUUUAUCCCCAUGCAACACAACAAGAUGAUGUUACAAAGAAAACCUACCUCACGGAAUCUACUAGUUUUUCUUCAUGCAAUGAUAUAGAGAUUGAGUCAAUUAGUUUAGUUGGAAAUGAAAAUUAAGUGGGAUGGUGGUGAAGAAGCUUUUAUUUGUAUUAGAUUUGCUUCCUUUACAACAUAACCAAGGCAAUGAAUUUGGUGUUGCGCUAGUUUGUUUGGCAACCUGAUAGUUAUGUAUAUUUUGAAGUGUGUGAACUAGUUCUAAUUAUUUUGCCUAUAAAAUCAAUUGAAGAAU